AUGGGCGAGUGCCGAGGGAGAGCUGCGGGAGAGGAGAUGGACGCACGCAAUCAGACAGCGGAGAAAGACCGACGGCUGGAUGAAGUCGCCGAGCUCAAGAGACAGAUUGACUCCCAGACGGAAUCGUACGAAUCCGUCCUCUCCGGAAAGGAUUCGGAGCUUCAGCGAUGUCAGGGCGCCGCUAACCUCCUAAGGGCCCACGGUGAGAGUCUGGGGGCCGAGCGGCAGCUGCUGGCCCAAAUCACGGAAGUAACGGCCCAGACGAUGAAUCGCUUGGCAGGAAUCCACGAGCAAUCGAGGAUUUCUAUACAGCGCUCGGAUCGCGUUAUCGGGGAACUGUGCGAGCGAACAAACGGCAAUAUUCUUCAGGUGCAGCAACUAAUAAGACGCCGUGAAGAGCUGGAUGAAGAAGACCGGAACUUCAGACGGUUUCUUGAUGCCCAAGUAGAGGAAUGGCAGACAAGACUGGAACCUAUAGAUAAGACGCUGGAAGAAUAUGGCAGAACGGUGAGAAGUUUGGAAGAUGAGCUUAGAAUCGCUGGAAAGGAAGAAGACGAUCUCCGGCAGGUUUUGCAAGAACGAGACGCUUCAAUUGAAAAUCUGAAGGAAGAUAUAAACCGCCACAGCCAGAAAGCCCAAGAAUUCCUCUUUCAAGCAGAAAUGCGGAAGUUACAAAAAGACAAGGAACAUAAUCGCAUGAAACAGCUUCAGUCAAGAGAGCGGAAUCUGCAAAGCCGGCUGGAAAGAGCAGAGACGAGCGAGACGCGCGGACAGCAACUACCUGCGAAAAAAGAGAGAACUCGAGGCGUCCCGGCAAAAACUAAGGGAAUAUGA